UCGCAGAAUGAAAGAAGCGCGCCUCUCUUCGCAACCCGGUGCCCUACUCUACUCCGGCCGCCGGCACUCCGUCGCUUCCCAACAAGGAGCGCGUGCCCACGAGACUUCACGGUUCCAAGGACUUUCGUCAUUGGCGCCUUCUCCGCAGCGGCGUAUUUUCUGAGCCCGCCGAGAUCAGACUGCCCGGUGCGAGCAGCAGCACGCGAGCGAGCCGUCGUUAGAAGCGUCACCGCCGACCAGUCAAGCAAGGACGCUCGGGUAAUCCACUCCAGUGCUUGCGAAACGGAAUCCAAGAGCGUCAACGCCCAGUGAAACGUGCAGGCAUUCGGGCUCCGCGCCGCAAGUUGCUGCCCACCGCCGCCGCCAUUACCGACACCGGGCCUGCGUGUGUCGUCUGCCAGCCGGUGCGGCAAGCGGUGUAGGUUUGCGGGACGCAUUCUAUUUCUAGGCGUUCGCGGCCGUGGUGCUCGGUCUCCUGUCGUCGUCCUCGUGUGCGAGCGCCUGCCCGUGUUGCGAAGCCAUGGCUACGAAACCGAUGGUUGUAUCUGCUGUGACGCUCGUUAUGGUCGCCGCCAUGUUGUUGGUGUGUGCCCCACGUGACGCAGCAGCUGAUUCCAGUGGCCUCAUCAAGUACUUGAGCUGCUUUCAGAAGCUGGCGGACUCUAGCGGCGCCUGCGGCAAAAAGAAGUCGGAGUUCAGCGCCCUGGAGCAUGCGUUCGGCGUCGACCACAAGCACAAGUCGGACAGAGAGAAGAAGGGGCUCUGUUGUAAGUUGUCGAGUUACAUCGACUGCUACAUGAAGAACGUGCGGCACAGCUGCGGCGACUCGGCCGGCAAGUACGCGCUCAAGUUCAUCGAGUCGUCGACCCAGAAGUCCGUGCGCAACACGUGCCACAAGUUCGACAGCCGCAAGUGCAGCUCCGCUUUCUCCGUGUCGGCGUCCAGCCUGGUCGUCCUGGGCGUCUCGUCGGCCGUGCUGGCCAUCUCCCUGUUGUUGUGAUGAGGCCACCAUGAAAACGUGUGGAUAGGCAAAGCUUUGUCGUGGCCUCCGAGAUCACCGCACCCGUCGGAGAUCUCGGGGCCCUGUCUUUACGCUCAGCGUGAGCCGCCACCUUGCGAAAGCGCAAGGACGCCGACUUGUCUAUCUCUAUCUUUGCCCCCCGAGAUUCCCGCGCGCGUUUGAAGUCUCGGAGGCUAGUGCAUUACUUAAUGCUCAAUGGGGCCCGCCAUAUUGCGAAAGUACUUGACUAACAACGAAGUGGGCGUCGCGCAAAGGCUUCGAGAGGCUACUGGGGCGCAGCAAGCGCUGGCCGUGACUGAGUCAAAUUAGGAGGGAAGCGAGCGGAUAUUAGUCGAUGCAACGGAAAGCACAGUCGUGGUUCCACAUAGACCCAAUUUUUUUUGUCAUUCAUCCACAGCGCACUAAUAAGACAAAACGUUUAGCAGCAACCCUAGAAUCAGCAAAUUAUAUGCCUUAUACAAUAUUAGCUUAACGGCCGUUUUAAAUUGUUCUCACACUGCAUAGGCUAUACUAUUGCAUUCAGUAUGCGCUAUUUCUUUAUUGACAUGGUAUGCUGUUUUGUUUUGGCACGCUAUUGCAAUGAUACAGAGGUCGUGUUGGAUUGCUAGCGGUGCUGUCGAAAUGUCGCAUUGGAUCGCGUUGAAUUUCUGACCCGGGUGUACCCGGGUCAGUAAGAUGUGCGGCUCUGCUCACGUAAAUCCAGUGCACUGCUGUGCUCUUGACGGCGCAGCCUUAAAGACCUCCCGCUCAACUUCGGACAGAUAUACUCAGACAGACAGGGUGCUGAUUUGAGCGAGCUGGAAACAGGGAAUGCAUUGACGGCAGGCUGUCAGGGUAGAAGUACACAAGACCACGGGAACGAAAAAACGGCACUUUCUGUACCGUUUCUUAGUACCCUCGUUUUUGUGCGAGUCUACACUGAGACCCUGCUACAUGUUAGAAGCCUUCGCCUAUCGGUUGUAGACGUCAAGCCUUGAGCCGUGCCAGCAGCGCGACGUUUCAAGAUGGCGGCCUCGAUCGAGCCUCGUGCAAUCUACACGGUCUCCCUAGCUUCUAGCUGCCAUCUUUGUGCGAGUAUUUGUGUCGCUUUACUACUGUCGUCUGUGAGUGUAACGCAUUGUCAAACAGUUAGUUCGAAGAAGCUCUCUACUGCCAUUAUUUACGAAUAGGAGUCCAUUUUAACCGCCUGCAGUGCGAAACGAAAGUGUAAGCACCUUGUCCCUAGCUGUCGCAUCAGAUUGUGCUCAGCGCAUCCUCAUUAAUUGGAAGCAAUGGCUACCUCGUGCUUUAGAAACAAGGUAAAUUCGAAGUGACUGCAAACUAGUGAGGGCACUGGUGUGAUCGAUGCUGUACAGGUUAUUGAUUCGCUAACGGCCCAUGAUAGCGAAAGGGAGUUUUAGCUGAACGCAUGCGGCACUCCGCUGACAGCGCUCCGGUUUCAGCGAGAACGAAUAUGGGCAUAUGCGAGCACAUAGAGGUGUUCAGUUUUUUAAGUGCGAAUGCGUAGAGCACUCUGCUGUGCAGCGAACCGUGGGUGUCACGAAGGCAUGUCGGGACAACCUGAAAAGAUGUGAGAGUGCCGGGUGCAUAGCUAAAACUCGCAAAGACAGAAACGUGUAUGUUGCACCUCGGUGUGUGGACAGGAACGUACAGAAUAGCGUGGUUGUAGUCUCUCAGCUGUAAACAAGGUGCAAUCGUGUUCGCAGACAUUCGGGCGCUUGUGUCGGUGUAGUGCUUAGGGUAAUGACGUCACGCGUGCUUACGUUGGUGAAUCAAGAUGUGCGGCUGAGCCUAUGGGGUCAGUCCCACUAUCAUCCAACAUGAACAGCUUGAUAAGAGCUCUCAAGGUCAUACACAGGCUGCAGGUAGGCGUCGAGUGUAGUGCAGUUGUGUCAUGCUUGCGUUAGUUUUGAGGCAUAAAUGUGUAGAAAGAACGAGUACUUCACACGUCUCAUAUCUCUAUGGUAGGUAAUAUGUACACAUGAGCAUAAUGUUAAUUGUCUGUUCCCCUCCAUGUCCUUUAGAUUCUAUAGCGGAUUGUUUUAGGUUUCAACGAUGAAAACACUAUAUUUAAGUGCUUACCACGCGGUCUCUCAGGGUAUAUGUAUUUCAUUUGUUUACUUAACAUACCUGGAAGCACGAAAAACCAUUCUCGUUGAAGUUAUCUGCAAGGGUGGAUCUUGGGACACCUGCGUUCUGUUCCGAGGAGUCGUUUGUCCUGUGCACGCUCCACUUUCAGAUGCCUCUGGGAUCACAAAGACAGUGUGAUUCAUUUUUUUUUGGGGGGGGGGGGGGGGCGAGGAGUCACACAAGUCAUGUCAGUGCGCCCGUUAGCGACCUUGUUUGAUGGUAUUCUACAGGAGCUAAGCGGCCCCCGAUUCCGGAUGCAAUGUAAUCAAAAGCGCGGAAUAGGCCAGGUCUGAUGACAGUGCACUGCGUGCGUCCUCGCAAGGGUGUUAAUGCGAUAGCGUGAGUAUUGAAACUUGGCCUUUGGUGAUGUGUGGAAGUAUGUCAGCGGUGGAGCGACGGAGCGAGGAAGGAGGAGCAGUGGGGUGGUGUGACGUAAGAGGCACGUGACCGGAGGAGGAGCGGCGUGUGUGUGGCGGGCGCACUGAAUUGGCGUAACGCGCUCCCCUUCACGUUACGCUGUAUGGCGCUGGUUCGAAUAAAGCGAUGUCGAUGAAUAACCGAAUUAUAGGACGUCAUAGUGAUAGGACAUUUCAGUCGUUACAUGUAGCAUGUGUACCUGUGUUUUUUCUUUUUUUUUUUCUUGAAUACUCAUUUUCGCUGUAGCUGGUUAGUGAUUUCAUGCUAGAUCAUUUUACUGACUUGGAGAGGCCGGUGUGCGCUUCUGUGAUGUCCGCGUCGAAGUCGUCAACUACAAACAACGAAUCACUGCUCGCUUCCUCGUGCCGCUGAUGUCAACGUGCCUAUACAAUAUACGUGCCUCGCGAAACUCGACUUCCUUUACAAGUUUGCGAUGUAUCUUUGUAUAUAAAGGAAAUAAUAGAAAUGUUAACGCGUAGCAUCGAAAUAAAGCAUAUUCGAGUGUU